ACUCUUUUGCACUAGAGUUGGAAACACCUGUCACCCACCAUCCUCAUCGUUGGUGGAAGCAACGAGAACGACGCUUCGAUCAAUCAAUGUUCCAGUUUUAAAAAAAAUAAAAGACUAAGUUGAGCCAAGUGGAAACGACAACGGUUGAGAUUUAGAUCUAGAGGAACCUUCUUGGAUCGGCCUUUACGGUAGCGUCAACCAGCAGUCUUCUUUUAAAUUAACUUGAACGUUCACAAAUUAUGGCUGACGAUUCUGGCAGUGGAAGUAGAAAUGGAACAGAGAGCAAUGGUCCAGCUAAUAAUGGUGCUGGGGAUGGUCCACCCCAGAAUACCCAGUCCAAUCCUGUUUUGGCUCACAUGAUGCAAAACAAAGUGGAGACAACUUUGUGGUUUACCAGAAUCUUCACAGUUAUCUGCUCUGUGCUGUUCUUGUUGCCCAUAUUCGGAGGCAAUCCAUACAGCUUCUAUCAACGUGCCCUCAUCUCAGCAGCUGCCACUAGUGCACUACGCAUGCAUCAACGACUGCCCAAUGUCCAGCUCAACAUGGACUUUGUGAGACGCCUUUUCUCGGAGGACUCGAGCCACUACCUCAUGUACUGCAUUAUCUUCCUCAACUCGUACCCCAUGACCAUGUCUCUCAUUCCUAUCUUUCUGUUUGCUUUGCUACAUGCCUGCUCCUUCACAAAGACUGUUCUCAAUUUAAUGGGCCCACAGUCCAUGAUGUUUGUGAGGAAUGCAGUGAUGAAACUUGAGGCCCAGCAGGUCAACAUCCUUCGCUUUAUUGCCAGUACAGAGAUCUUCCUCAUGCCUGCUAUUGUCAUCCUUGUCUUUAGUGGUAAGGCCAGCUUUUUCCUGCCAUUCCUUUACUACCGCUUCCUGACACUACGUUACUCCUCCCGAAGGAAUCCUUACAACAGGACUCUGUUCAGCGAGUUCCGCCAGGCGGUGGAGUUCCUGUGCUCCAAGCCCCAAUGCCCCCAGUUUGUGAGGAACCUCUGCUUUUCGUCUAUCGGCUUCAUUUCGCGCUUGGCCCCGCCCAUUCAGGCUCAGUGAGCCCAUUGUGUGUUGCUGCUCUCCUUCUCUCAUUGCCAUUACAUUUCAUCAUUUCAAGUCACAUAUCAUGCUCCUGCAUUCUUUGUACUAAUGCAUUUGCAUGGCAUGUAACUUUCAAUGAUGAAUUGUUGUCAUUACAUCAUCUACCCACUUUUUUUUCACAUCAUAAUGAUGUCUGUUCCUAUACCCCAAUAGCACUUAUGCAGAGUAGACUAAGCAAUGCUGGCUACAUUUGUCCUGAUUUUUUAAAAACAUAUUGAAGUAUGACCUUGAGACAACUAUGAAGUUGGCAAUAUUGUAUGGCUGGAGGUAUAACAGGCUCUAAAUGCCUGCCCUAAAUCAGCAGGACAUGGAAAUUGUUGGAUUUUGGGUGUUUUUUUGGUACAAAUUUCACUCUGUAUAGGGUAUGUCAAGGGAGAUAACAAAGUUGGACAGCUGGGUGUAAAUUUUACUUGAAUGAUGCCCUCAUGCCUAGUUUAGCAAAUUUUGGUUUGUGAUAUUGUUUCCUUGAUUGAUAAGCCUUUCCACUUUUAUUUUUCUCUCCCAUGUCGACUCAUCUGCUGCAGUUUCACCUAGGUCUAACCUUACAGAAGGCUUCGAGUGUGAUCUCUUCUUUUAUUUUUUUAUUUUAUUUUUGUUGUUGUUAAGUGUUUUAUGGUGCUCGCAACUGCACAAGGUCAUUCAGAAAUUUUGAAAUUUUCCCUGCAUGGCAGCUGAAGCCUACUCUUAUCAAUUUUAGACCACCAAG